AUGGCCGCAGAGCAGGUGAGGGGGCUGCAUGGCCCAGACCCGGCCCCCAGCCUGCAGAAGCCUCCUGCGGGGGUCGUGGCUUCCAGGAGUAGUGCUGAGGGUCUCCCCUUGACCAGGAAGAGGAGCAAGAAGGAGAGGGGGCUCCGAGGGUCCCAGAAGGGUGCUGGCAGCUCUCAGGAGCAGACCCGUCUCCCGGGUCCCGAGGCCGCAGGGAGCAGCAGGAACCCCUCUGGGACUGGAGGACAGGAGGGGACGGGUCCUGCGACCCCAGGGCCAGCCUCCCGUCGCCAGUCCCACCGGCAUCGCUCUGGCCCCCAGCACGAUGCUGCUCAGAAGACAUACGGACCCUUGCUCAACCGCAUCUUCGGGAAGGACCGCGAGCUGGGCCCCGAGGAGCUGGAUGAGCUGCAGGCCGCCUUUGAGGAGUUUGACACUGACCAUGACGGCUACAUCGGCUACCGGGAGCUGGGCGACUGCAUGAGGACGCUGGGCUACAUGCCCACCGAGAUGGAGCUCAUCGAGGUCUCCCAGCACGUCAAGAUGAGGAUGGGUGGCCGCGUGGACUUCGAGGAGUUUGUGGAAUUGAUGAGCCCAAAGCUGAGGGAGGAGACGGCGCACAUGCUGGGGGUGCGGGAGCUGCGCAUCGCCUUCCGAGAGUUUGACAGGGACAGAGAUGGACGGAUCACCGUGGCAGAGCUGCGACAGGCAGCACCAGCUUUGCUGGGGGAGCCGCUGGUGGGUUCCGAGCUGGAUGAGAUGCUCCGAGAAGUGGACCUCAACGGGGAUGGCACCGUAGACUUUGACGAGUUUGUGAUGAUGCUUCUCACCCACUGAGGCUCUAGCCGGGAGAACGCGUUGCCCCUCGGGCCCCAGGCCAGCAGUGUUCACGCUGUACACCCUCCUCAUGAGGCCCCAGAAUGGAAGAGACCCAGCGGCUCCCAGGCUGCUUCGGAACCUUGACAACAUCUGGCUGGUGCUUGUACG